AUGGAUCGUCAGAGGAAGCAUAUCUACCCUGUUAACAAGUCCCUUGACUCGUCCCUAAAGAAGAAUACUGCCUUCAUAAAGCGCUUGCGCACUGCAAUCACGGCGCCAACUCUCAGCACCUUCCUGCAAGAAAUCCGAACGCUUAGCCUACACAAAUACCUCUCCGAGAUCAUAUCCGCAUGCUACGAAGGUCUAUGCAAGUUAAAGUCGCCAGGCGAAAUUGAAGCUGGGGUGGAGAUAGUCAGCGCAUUACACCAGCGCUUUGGGCCGGCAGAAUUCACAGAGUUUCUUGGUUGGCUCGUGGGCAAGGGAUUGGCUACUCCGGAGAAGUCAUUGCUCAAGACUCUUGCUCCAGACGCCAGAGAGAAGGAAGAGAAGGAACGGAUCACGCGCCAGAGAGUAUUGUUAAGAGUAGUUACGGAAUUAUGGCUUGUUGGCGUUUUGCGAACACUGGAUGAUGUUAGUCGCCCGGACGAUGCUUCGCGGGGUAAGGAAUCUCUUUCCACCACUUCUAGUAAGGCAUCGGAUGCCAAGGCAAAGGCCAGUAGUUCCAGCAAAGGAGGUGGCGCAGAACCAUUUCCCCUAGAAGUUCUCAAGGAUUUACUUGGGCAUGAUAGGGAGCACGCCAAUCUGCCAUUGCUCGUCAUUUUCGUCAAGGCAUUUAGCUGGGAUAUACUGGGUGUCAAAGAAGCUGGAUCCGAGGGUCGGAAGACGGUUGAGGAGGACGGCGUUACGAAAAUCACAAAUGGUGCUACCGAAGCAGACGAGGACUCUUCUGAAGAGACACCAGUAGUAGAUACUACGGAGGAUCCUCCCCUUGCGUCGCCUGAGCUCCAGGAACGAUUUCGUAACAUCUUGAAAAGAUAUUUUGAAGAUGUCAAGGCCCAUGUCAUUCGCGAUCAGAAGGCUAUUGGAAAGCAGGCACGAAAAGAUGCCGAAGCAUACGUGAAGUCUGGCCAGGUGUUUGAGGAUCGGCAAGCCAGUUAUGAAAAAGCCGUCAAAGCGCAAGAACGACUUGUGUCGAAUGCACAGGUUCUUGCAGAUGCCAUUGGCGGAGAAAUGCCAGACCUCAAAGACUCCGAGGAUUCUGCAGCCACUGGGAGUGGGGGAAUAGGUCUCGUAAAGACUGGCGAAUAUCUGCGAGGUGAAAGUGAUGGCGCUGGUAUCUGGGAGGACGAAGAAGAGAGACGCUUUUAUGAGAAUCUCGUCGACUUGAAGGGCAAAGUUCCUGGGAUGCUACUUGAAGACGGAAAAAAGAAGAAAACAGACACCGACGAGCAAGUUGGCAAGAAAAUCGACCCAGCCGAAACCACAGAUACCAGUCCGACAAGUACAAAGGAGGAAGAUCAAUCUACAGCUAUUGCAAACAAGACUAUUGGAGCCCAAGUUGAUGCUCUUCUGGCACGGUUCCCGGAUCUCACGAGCAAAGAUUCAGUUGAUCAAGCUGCUAUCGACUUCUGCUUUCUCAACUCUAAAGCAUCUCGAAAUCGACUCAUAAAGACGGUUCAGGAAGUUCCCAAAGGUCGCAGCGACCUGCUUCCAUUCUAUGCUCGGCUUGUCGCUACCCUGGGCAGAUAUAUGCCAGAUGUCACAAAAGGUCUCGUUGAUCAUCUCGACCAGGAGUUCCGAAGUCUGCAGCGACGUAAAGAGAAGGAAUUUCUAGGCCAAGCUCGACUUGGAAAUAUCCGAUAUAUUGCCGAAUUGACAAAAUUUGGGGUAGUUCCGGAGCACGUUAUCUUCCAUUGCCUGAAGGUCAGUCUAGAUGACUUUUCGAGAAUGAACAUCGAGAUCAUAUGUAAUUUGCUUGAGAAUUGCGGACGAUACCUGCUACGAAAUCCCGACACAUCUCCUCGCAUGACCUCUUUCUUGGAGACGCUGAAGCGCAAGAAGUCUGUACAGCAUAUUGGACAACAAGAGCGAAUGCUCAUCGAGAAUGCUGUCUACUAUGUCGAUCCUCCAGUCAGAGCUGCUAUUGAACAGAAAGAAAGAACCCCAAUGGAUUUGUUCAUUCGCAAGCUGGUAUAUUUGGAUAUGAACAACCGUAAUUAUACCAGAAUCCUCAAGCAGAUUCGGAGACUCCACUGGGAAGAACCCGAGGUUGUUGCUAUAUUGGAAAAGAUCUUCUCCAAACCUGGCAAAGUCAAGUAUGGCAAUAUUCAUCUCCUUGCAAUCCUUGCAAGCGCAUUGUAUCGGUAUCAUCAAGAUUUUGUCACAACCGUCAUUGACAACGUUUUGGAAUACAUCGUGCUUGGCUUGGAGCAGAAUGACUUCAAAUUUAACCAGCGCCGGCUAGCAGAAGUCAAGUAUCUUGGCGAGCUCUACAACUACCGCAUGGUUGACCAUCCCGUCAUCUUUGACACAAUGUAUAGGAUCAUGACCUUCGGACAUGGUGGUGCCCCAAUUCCCGGCCGACUUAAUCCUUUUGACAUGCCAGAUGACUUCUUCCGCAUUCGUCUGGUUGCUACUCUGCUGGAGACCUGCGGUAUCUUCUUCAAUCGCGGGGCUGCAGGCAAGAAGCUCGAUUAUUUUCUUUCCUUCUUUCAGUACUACAUUUACACCAAGGAUACCCUUCCCAUGGAUAUUGAGUUCAUCGUACAAGACGUCUUUGCCCUGACAAGACCUCAAUGGAAGCUCGCCUCUAAUCUCGAAGAAGCUAGUCGAGCUUUCCAACUUGCUGUUGCACAGGAUCAAAAGACGUCUGGGCUUGACAAGGUCGCCGAGCCCACAGAGCCUGAUAGUGAUGGUCCGUCGGAUGUUGAAAUUGAUGAUGGCGAAGCUGAAGCUGAAGCCGAAGCCGGCAUCGCUGAGGCAGACGAGGACUCUGAAUCAGAUGACGAUGCAGAAGUUGAUACAAAUGGCGAUGCAGCCCCCUCUGCACCGGGCACUGACUCUGAAGAAGAAUCGAUUGUCGUAACACGACAGGAGGAAGAAGUUGAUCCUGAAGAUGAAGCAGAAUUUGAGCGUGAGUAUGCUAGGAUGAUGGCUGAAAGUCUAGAAUCGCGAAAACACGACCGCAAACCUACGUUCGAUGUUCCACUGCCAAUGAGACGCAAAGAGCGCGAGACCAAUAUUGCAAAUGAUUCGUGGACUGAGGAAUCGGCUAGUCCUAGUACCCCAAAUGGUACAAUGGCUUUCUCACUCCUCACAAAGCGAGGCAAUCGCCAACAUACUCGCACCGUUGCUCUUCCCUCCGACUCAACUUUCGCGAUCGCGAUGAAAACCCAACAAGCUGCCGAACGUGAGGAGCAGCAACGGAUCAAGAAUCUAGUCCUGAAUUACGACCUCCGUGAAGGCGAUGAACAAGAUGGUGACUCUUUACUUGCACCCUUGCCUCCGAAUCCAAAUAUUCACGCAUACAACGCAGGUCUCGAGAAGGCUAUCAGCGCGAGUUAUUCCAGGCCUGACAAGUCUAGUAAUAAUCGCAGCGGUCAGCGCGCUAGGAAAUUGCAACUCAGUGAUGUCGAUUGGUAUGAUCCCGAGAAAAAGUCUCAUUCUUUACUUGUUGAACAAAUUGAAAACACGCCUUCUCCCGAGCACAAUCGUGGGGCGGAUAUUGCUCCGAAGCAACCACUCCUUCGGAUGGGCAAUUCCGUUCGUGGUUUUAGUGUUACCCCUCCGCGACAAGCUCAGCCACACCGAAAAUUUCCAAGAACCACAGGCAGAGGAAGACUGACAAGGCGAGAAAUUCUCCAAGAGCAUGCUUCCAGGAAGGCAGCUUCAAAAGUCGACCAGGAGAAGUAG